AUGUUGGUGAAAGAUUGUGAAACUCCAAGCCCAGAUGAAGGUCCCGAGCCAGGUUCCUGUUGGAAGACGAUGUUUGAUGGUUCCUCCAAUUGCAUGGGGCAUGGUGUGGAAGUUGUGUUGAUGAAUCCCAAUGGUGGGUAUACUCCUUUCACAUCAAGAUUGUGUUUUGAAUGUACCAACAAUAUUGCAGAGUAUGAAUCAUGUAUCUUAGGUAUUGAAGCUGCAAUUGACACCCGAAUCAAGAUCCUUAAAGUAUAUGGAGACUUAGCCUUGGUUAUCUACCAAGUCAAAGGAGAAUGGGAAACUCGUGAUGAGAAGUUAAUCCCAUAUCGUGCCCACAUUAUGGAAUUGAUAAAGUACUUUGAUGAAAUCACCUUCCAUCAUGUUCCGAGAGCAGAAAAUCAGAUAGCAGAUGCUUUGGCUAUGUUAGCCUUUAUGUUCCAAGUCAGAUUUCUCAAUGAGGCACCACUCAUCAAAAUUGAGAGGAAAACUGCACCAGCCUAUUGCCUAUUGGUUGAAGAAGAAAUUGACGAGAAACCGUGGUUCUAUGAUAUCAUGAACUACUUACAAAAUCAAGAAUACCCAGUAAAUGCAACAACCCUAGAUAAGAAGACUUUAAGGAGGUUGGCAUCCAAAUUCUUCCUUAGCAACGAGGUGCUAUAUAAAAAGAAACUAUAA